AUGGCCAUCCUUGCAUUUUCAGUCCUGGCCGUCACAGUCAUGGACGCGAAGGACGGCGUGGAGGCCGACGACACGAAGGACGAAGGGCUGACCAAGGGCCCGGAGGGCAGCAGAGGCACCCAGUGUGCGGGGGACGGCGAGAAGACCAAGUGCGUGGAGGACGGCGGGGAGAACAAGACUGUGGUUGAGGAGGAGGAGGAGGAGGAGGAGGAGGAGGAGGAGGAGGAGGAGGAGGAGGAGGAGGAGGAGGAGGAGGAGGAGGAGGAGGAGGAGGAGGAGGAGUCGAACGCGGAGGUGGAGCGCGUCGCAGUGGAGAAGGAGGUCGUGCGGUGUGGCGAGGAGCGCUGUGGCCACCGCAGGGGCAGCAGUGGAGGAGAGGGCAUGGAGGGGCUGCCUCGUGGCGAUGAGGGCACGCUUGUGGAGGGCGCGCGGCGUUCCAGCGGCGGAGACCUAGUCGUCAAGCCUGGAGUCGUCCCCGGGCAAGGUGGUGUAAGUGCGGUGGACGACGAGCGGGGACGAAGGCGCAAAAUUUGCAAGGCACGAUGCGGUUCUGCGCCGAGGAAGAAGGCCAGCAAGCGCCAGGAGCUUGUGCUUCUCGUGGCGCCCAGGGUAGCAGUAAAGGCUGCGGCGAAGGACAACGUGGUGAUUACUGCGUGCCGCGGCAGGGAUGCCCCUUGUAGGGUAGCUGAAGCUGUGUGCGAGUAG